AUCAUUUUUCGUCUCUUUCUCUCUCUUCUUCAUCCUUACACUUUCUCUCUCUCUAAAUCCCGUUUUUCCCAAAACGUUGAAGCUAUUUUGCUGCUACCCAAAAGCCAACAAACUGACAAAUCAUCAUUUUUUGUUUGUUUUUUUUGUUUGUAGUUGUAAUUGAUAAUCGUAGUUCAGCAGAAUCAGUACUUUGUUCUGCAAGAUUUGAUGGUGUUUUUGGGAGUUCAAUAGGAACUGGAUCGUGAUUUGACAACCGGGAAGUUAUAUGAGAAGGGUCUGCUUUGAUGAUUAUGGAUGGUAAUAGUAAAAAGAGAUUUCUGGAAUUGAAUAAUGGUCUCGAUACUGUAGAUAGCUAUGAACAAACAGAUGGGGAACAAGUUGGUAGUGGUGAGGAUGCAUCACCAUUGAUGAACAAAAGGGGAAAAGAUAUAAAAGGUGGAAAUUGGGAUGCCCAGCUAGGUCAGGGAGUUGUCCAAGUAUCGCAGCAACUUACUCGAGGGAAUUCAGAAUGCUGGGAAAAAUUUCUUCCGGUCAGAUCCAUUAAAGUUCUGCUAGUUGAAAAUGACGAUGCUACUCGCCAUGUUGUUACUGCAUUACUACGGAAUUGCAACUAUGAAGUGAAGGUAGCAGCUAAUGGGUUGCAUGCAUGGAAAAUCUUGGAAGACCUAACAAAUCAUAUUGAUCUUGUUUUAACCGAGGUUGUCAUGCCAUGUGUAUCUGGAGUUGGUCUUCUGUACAAGAUAAUGAGCCAUAAAACACGCAAGAAUGUACCGGUGAUUAUGAUGUCAUCUCAUGAUUCAAUGGGUUUAGUUUUUAAGUGCUUGUCGAAAGGGGCAGUUGACUUUCUUUUGAAGCCUAUUCGGAAGAAUGAGCUUAAAAACCUCUGGCAACAUGUUUGGAGGAGAUGCCACAGUUCUAGCGGCAGUGAUAGUGAAUGUGGUACCCAAGCUGAAGCAUUUAGCCAAGUAAAGAGUAGUGAUAGAUCUGAAAAUGGAAGUGGAAGCAAUGAUGCAGAAGAGAAUGGCAGCAUGAGUAUGAACGUCGUGGAUAGUAGUGAUAAUGGAAGUGGAACACAGAGCUCUUGGAAAAAACAAGCUUUAGAGCUUCAAAGUUCCCAAACUAUGCCCACAUGUGAUCAAGUGGAAGAACAUCCAAACAGCACUUGUGCGCAAGUAAUCCAUCCGUUGGUCAGAUCUUCUAGCAUCACAACUCCAUUUGUCUCAGCAACACUGAACUGCCUAGAACAAGAAAAUCCUGCUGAGAUAAAGGUAAUGAUGAACAGUGGAACUAGAACUUCUGGUCUAGAAUCUCAUUUCCUUGUUGAGAGUCCAUAUAAACUUCAUGGAAGAAAACAGACAUGUCCCUCUGAAAUGGAUUCUAACACAAUUAGUAAGGAAAAAGGCGAACUAAAUCUAAAUGGUGUGUGUUCAUUAGCAAAAUAUAAAAUGGUCUUGACCGACACAUCUGAUCCUCAUGUGGAUAGCAGAAGAAUUAUGGUCCCAAAGGAGCUGUCCAAAGCUUCAGAUAUGAAUGACAAAGUUGAUAGUGAUUAUAAAGGUCUUUCAGCACCUGAGAUUAAUUUUAAAAGGUCUAGAGAGGUCAAAGAUUCUGGAAAGGCACUUCAGGAUGACUGUAGUAUUUUGAGACCUUCAGCAUUCUCAAGAUAUAAUGUAGCAUCAACCAUUUUAAUUGCUCCAUGUGAGAAUAAACAAGUCAUAGCAGUUAAGGAAGCUGAGGGGACCACUAUGGCUCAUCAAGGAGGCUCGCCAAAAGAACUCCCAGUUCGACACCUCCAUCACCACUGUAAUAGUUUUCUAAAGGAUAAACCAGAGACAACAUCUAACCAUGAUGACUUUUCAUUUAACAAGUUGACAACAGAUGCUCCACAUUGUGGAUCAUCAAAUGUAAAUGAUGGACCUAUAGAAGUUAAUGCUGGAAACUACAGUUUCAAUAGGAGUGCCUCAGGCAGUAACCAUGGUAGUAAUGGUCAAAAUGGCAGCAGCACAGUUGCAAAUGCUGGAGGGACAAAUGCAGGUGGCACUAACUUUGGAUCUGGAAGAAGUGGAGUUGACAACGCUAGCGGAAGUCGCAGUGGUGACAAUAUUGACCAAAACAAAGCAGCUAAAAGGAAGGAGAGAUGCUUCCAAAAGAAGGUUCGAUACCAAAGCAGGAAAAGGCUAGCAGAACAGAGGCCUCGUAUUCGAGGACAAUUUGUGCAGCGAUCAGAUAUAGAAAAUUCAAGUAGUUCCGAGGAUUAUUGAAACUAUUGUUCAUUUCCUGGCCUGAAUAAGGUUUGUCCAAAUCUGAGGCUCACGAAAACUUGUUACACUUUCACUAUUGACUCUUAAUUCUGGAUUGUGCUAGCUUUUACAUGUUUCUAUUGCACUGUAUAUAACCCCAUUUAAGACUUAUUCCUGCCAUUAUGAACUACUACACUUGUAUUAUUUAUUAGACUUACUUUUGAUAAACUUUCAGUAAUCAAUAUUGCUUUCC